AUAUUAUGUUCAAUAUACAUUUUCAGCAGCAAACAGAGGGUCCUUGAUCUAUGCAGUGUUAAUAUGCACUUUAAUUUGAUUAACUAGUUAUUAUUUCACAAUUGGUUGCAGUUGAUAAUUUUAAAUUUCUGCAUUUGAUUUCCAUUCCUUGUAGUAAGUUUUUAGUUUUCUGUCAGAGUUAUUGAAUUUCCUAUGCAUUUGAAGUACAUGAUAAUUCUGUUCCUUGUUUUCUUGAUCCAAUUUUCUCUUGCCUGUGCCUGCCUGGCUGUCAAUCAGGAACAGCGAGAACAGCUGGCUUUGACAGGCUGGCGCUAUUCCAGCAACCAGUCUCGCAUCAAGUUACAAAUUAGCUCACAAUGCUGUGGCUUUCGAAGUGAAAAUGAUGCUGAGGAACACCCUUCCUGUGCCAAUUUGAAGUGUUGUGAAGGCAACUCAAAUUAUGCCUGUUGUGCUGGAAAUACUAAUCAAACCUCAAAUGUAACAUGUCCCUGUGCUUCAUGUUCAGAAAAACUUGCAGACAAAAUUAAUUAUGGCUUCAAAUUAACUGGUGGAAUAGGCCUCUUCUUUAGCUUUACAGAGAUUCUGGGUGUCUGGAUAACAGUUCGAUAUAGGAACCAAAAAGAUCCACGAGCUAAUCCUAGCUCAUUCCUUUAACUGACAAUUUCUACAGAAAUUUGGGACUGCAUGUAGACAUUACAUUUUUAUUAUUACAACUUUAUCUUUGUUGUGGGACUUCAUAAUAAUGAGCUCACCUGAGUUCAAGUAUUAAGUGCACUUUUUUGAUUAAAUGAGGAGUGUCCGUCUGUCUAUCCAUCA